AUGCUGGUGGAGGUCGCUGUCCUGAAUCAUGUGGCCGCUGAUUGGUUAAUUUUCAGUCAAGUGCAUUUGGCUCCACUUUAUUCGAUGGACGGAUAUCGGCAGACUCUGCUCGGUCGGGCGCUGGCUGACGCACUCCAGGAUAUGGAGAAGGAAUGUAGUGGAGACAGUGACGAUGCGAACGCCGACGCUCUGGAUAUGGACGGCGACCUGCUAUUUUCGCUGUUCGACGAAGCCAUGCAGCUGGAGCUUCUGCAUAGUGACCACAAAGACCAAGAGAGGCCAGUCAGGACGUUCACUCACGAUUCUCUGGAACUGACAGGACAAGUCACGGCCUUCAACCGGUUCAUGGACGAUUGGAGUGUUUUGGUGCGUAUGAGGCCGCAGGAUAUUCAGUUGAAUCAUGGCGUUGCUGUUCUCGACUUGCCACAGCAGAACUACGAGCACGAAAAGGAGCAAGAAGUGGCAAUGCGGCUGAAGAUGCGUAAAAGAGGAUGACGUCGAAUAUUGGCAGAAACUGUGGAGGCGCUAUUUAUUGUGCUAAUGUGUACCAAGCUGUAGUUUAACACGGUGGAGCUCUGUACAUUAGUUUUGCCCAAGAAGAGUACCAACGCCAUCUAGUGUGUAAUGAACGAGGAUUUAGACGUGCAGUGUUCUUGGUAACCUGCCCUCUCAGACUUUAUCUAGAAUAGCCUUUUUGCCUAACGUCGCAUCAAAUACAAUAAAAGCUGUUUAGCGCUGCCGAGUGGGAGCUGCUGC